AUGGCCGAGACGCGGCCGGGGCCGGCGGCGGGGCUGGCGCUGAGCGCGCUGCCCGACCACUGCCCGCUGCUGCAGCCCAGCCUGGCGGAGCUGCGGCGCCGGGCCCGGGCGGCGGGGGCCCCGCGGUCGCCGCUGCCGCUCACCGACGCCUUCCUGCUGCGCUUCCUGCGCGCCCGGGACUUCGACCUGGAGCUGGCCUGGCGGUUGCUGAAAAACUAUUAUAAGUGGAGAGCAGAAUGUCCAGAAAUAAGCGCAGAUCUAUGUCCCAGAAGUAUUCUUGGUCUUCUGAAGGCUGGUUACCUUGGAGUCCUGAGAGCCAGAGAUCCCACUGGCAGCAAAGUUCUUAUUUACAGAAUUGCACAAUGGGACCCAAAAGUUUUCACAGCUUAUGAUGUUUUUCGUGUAAGUCUAAUCACAUCCGAGCUUAUUGUACAGGAGGUAGAAACGCAACGGAAUGGUAUCAAGGCUGUCUUUGAUCUAGAAGGCUGGCAGUUUUCUCAUGCUUUUCAAAUUACCCCAUCUGUAGCCAAGAAGAUUGCUGCUGUUCUUACAGAUUCCUUCCCAUUAAAAGUUCGUGGUAUCCAUUUGAUAAAUGAGCCGAUAAUUUUCCAUGCUGUCUUUUCCAUGAUUAAACCAUUCCUGACUGAAAAAAUUAAGGAACGGAUUCACAUGCAUGGGAACAAUUACAAACAAAGCUUACUUCAGCAUUUCCCAGACAUUCUUCCUCUGGAAUAUGGUGGAGCUGAAUUCUCCAUGGAGGACAUUUGUCAGGAGUGGACAAAUUUUAUAAUGAAGUCUGAAAAUUAUCUCAGCAGCAUUUCACAGAUCAGCGAAUGAGAAAAAGUUAUUUAAUGUGAAUGACUUCCUAAUUAUAAAUAUGAGUGAGAUCCUACCUGGUUAUAUAAAUGAAAGAAAAACAAUCGUUUGAACCAAUUAAUGUUAACGGGUCUGACUGAUCUUUUAAAAUGUAAAACUCUUCUGACAUGAGCAACAUGGGUAUUUAGGAAACUUCCUGACUUUUUAAACGCAUUUUCUUUAUCUUUCAAGUAGUUAAAUGUAGUACACCUUAAAAGCAUAGAAAGGAUUCACGAUUUUUGUACUUGAAAGUAUAUCUUUAAGUAGCUGUUUCUGAAGUUUCAUUUUCAGCAAGUUAUCAGACUACAUUGGUUUAGUAAUGUAUAAGUAAUCCAAGAAAAUAAGUAUUAGUACCAAUCAACUGAUGAUAAAAAUCUAUUAAUGCCCAUUUGUUUGGGUGUCUGAUUAGAUUGUAAUUCAGAUUAAAAUCUGAAUAUAGUUUUACAGAGUUAUUUCUGUGGACCAGCAAGAUAGUUCAUCUCAGGGAAGUUCUGUUUCAGCAUAUUUCCACAAUAGAAACUUUUGAUUGAAGAGUCUGUACACCACAAACUAUCAUAGAUAGCAUCUAGAGGUCUUUAUAUAAUUACUCAUGUUGAUACAACUGACAAUCAAAAAUAAUUUAAGAAAUAUUCCAGGCAUAGCUGAUGGCUUCUUAAUACUAUUUCUGCAUUUUCAAAUAUAUCAAGAAUGUAAUUUUGACUUCAGUUUUUGGUUAUUAUCAUGACAUAGAGAAUUAGAAAUGGAAUAAUAUUUGGAAUAAUUAGAAAUGGAAUAAUAGUCCUACAGGGACUCUAUUUUUAACUGAACAAUAACACAACUACACAAAGGAAAGGAUAUGUUUACAUUUUAAAAAUCACUGUCAGUUACACCUGGAACUUUUCAGAUUAUGUAUGAAAUAAUUCUACUUUUACUAUAUAUCAGAGUAUUCUAGUCAAAUUGUCUAAUUUAUAUUUACUUUAAAAAAACAGUUAAAAUGUGCUGUUUGUAUGAUAGCUUAUGUCAAGAAUAUAUCGUUUAUUAAGAAAGAUACAAUGUUAACAUAGCUUUCAAUUUAUGACCAUUUUUAUAGUGUUUCAUAAUUUUUUAAAUUUUAUUUUAAGCUUGAAAAUAAAAAAACACAGGGUAAAAAUUUGUUUAAACAUUUGUUCAGCUUAGUUGAGUUUCAACAUUAAUCACAUAAUAGUAUCUUUGUGAUAAGAUGUGUGGAAGGUUUUUUUCUUUAUAAGAAAAUUAUUUUAAUCAGAUGAGCUGAUACUUGUGAUUCUCUGUACAUAUGUCUAUGAAAAAUUGAGAGCAAUUGUGAAUGUUCUUUAAAGUACAUAUUUAAUUUUGAUUUAGCAUUGGGAAGCUAACUUUACAUUACAUUUUUUUAUUAAUAAAUCAGAUCAUGCCUGCUUUCUAAAAAAUUAUAAAAUCUUCCUUACAAAAUCAUAUAAUUCACAAAAUUAUAUAAUUAAAAAUAACAGCAGAAUAAAAUCACUGAAAAAGAAUAAACAAUAACAACAACAGAAAGCUCUGAUUUACUCAGCUUUAUUCCUCUGAAGGAGAUUUAUAUCAGAGUUCCAUUUCAUUUAUGUUUGGAUAAUUAAAACACUUUCUUCUAACUCUGUGAAGCACAUGGAUCAAGGGUAAUAUUUAAAAAUGUUUUUUAAAUGUCAUUCACUGGCGAGGACAUUAAAAGUAAAUAGAAUUAAAAUAUGUCAGUCAACGGAAGUACAUUUCAAAAAAAAAUGAGACUUUGACUUUUUUUUAAUGCAACAAUUUACUCUUGAAGAACAUUAAAAGAACAAUGUGAAAUGAGCAGGCAGCUUUAUAAGAUGGUAAGAUUGUCUCUGUUACCUUACUGUGAUUGCACCGGAAGUGCCUUUUAGAAGGUUCACUGUAACGUGUUCAUUGUGUUACUGAACUGCACAAUAACUUUAAUACUGCUUAAAAGAAAAUAAAGAUCUUUCACAUAA